AUGUAAUACUGACUUUCGAUACCGAUUUUAAUAUUGUAUGUUUAUGUUCUAUUACAUGUUUUAAAAUCAAAAACGAUCUGUUGCCUUGCUCUGGUGACGAAAACGGCACAAUAUCAUCCUAAAAUACUUGUAGAAUUUCAACAAUCAUCCAACGAGACCCCUUUCUGGCAAAGUGAAAAUGUUUUUAUAGGCUUUGUAUUUAACAUGUGAAUUAAACAGAUAACUGGAAUUUACAGGUGUUAAACAAAUGUAUGUCUGCGUAAUAAAAAUGAGUGAUGUUAUACCUAUUCUUGCUAUAGUGAUAAUUGCCUACUUGAGAUUUUCUACCACAUUCAUACUUCAGAACGAUUGCCUAGUGUCCUCACCUUGCACAUGCUUUGACAGUUAUGACGGCAUAGAUAUCAGAUGCAGCAGUACAGAUCUAACGACCAUUACGGAUAUUAAACAAUUUAGUGCAAACGUUGAUAAGAUAAAUCUGUAUUUUAGUUACAACAAAUUAACUGUUAUUCAAAAUGAUACCUUUCGAAAUUUGAGCUCAAUCAAUGCAAACGAUAUAGAUUUACAACUUCAAGGAAAUAUGAUACACAGGAUUGAAAGCAAUGCAUUUAAUGGGAUUGCAAAAACCAUCAAAAGUCUGCAGCUGCAAAGUAACAAUAUAACAAUUUUACCAUUGGCUAUCAAAUAUCUUGUUAACCUAAAAAGUCUUGAUAUUUGUGACAACCCUUUACAUUCUCUUGAUACAUUAGUUAUGCACAAUAUAGGAAGAAGCUUGACUUACUUUAGCUUCGAUUUAGAUACUUUCACCGAGUGGCCCAAGGAACUUCAUUACCUUCGAGUAUUAGAAUCAUUGAUUGCAAACCACAUACCUUAUCCACAAUUAGAUGUUAAUGUUUUCCAUGGAUUUGAAAGUACGCUUAGACAUCUUACUCUUGAUUACUCCAAGCUUAAGGAUGUUCCUAAUGCUAUAUGCCACCUCAGUCAGCUUACUUCUUUCACAUUUAGAUUUGCUUAUCAUCUCCAGACAAAUAUAUCCUCUACUUUUGCGCCAUGUACUCAAACUAAUUCUACCGUUUUUGAGCUUAAUCUAGCUAGCAGUAACAUUCAUACGUUUCCAAAUGUUUUUACCUUGUUCCCAUUCCUUUCAAAGUUAAAUAUCUUGAAUAACUCACUUGAGUAUAUAGAAAGUACUAAAAUUCCAACGUCCAAUGAACUUACAUCUAUAUAUUUACAAUAUAACCGUUUUGAAAGAAUACCGUAUGCGUUGAAUCUGUUCAAACGUCUUAAACAGAUUUUUCUUUAUGGUAAUAAGAUAAAAACAAUAGAAACACCUGACUUGUCAAGAUUAUUUUCUUUGAUUGUUCUACAUUUGUUUCACAAUCCCAUUUCGUAUAUAGCACCAGAUGCGUUUUAUAAUAAUAUCGAUUUAUCUUAUCUAGUUUUAGAUUACACGCGUCUUGACCAUGUUCCUGUCGCAGUGACAUUCUUGACAAAGCUGAGAUAUUUAAAACUUAGCGGGAGGCCUAUUGACUGUACAUGUGACAUGUCAUAUUUAAAACACUGGAAUGUAUCAUCUGUUAAUACAUUUAGUACAAAAUGUGCUUCUUCCUCUGAAACAGUGAAACAUUUUAUCAUGACCUUCUUACAGUCCUGUCAAUAGAACUUAAAUGAUUACUAUAAAGCAAAACCAUGUAUAUUUUGUCGUUAACUCAUCAGAAAUGAGUACAUUGUUUUCUUCUUAAGAAAGGGCAAACAUGCCAAUAAUGGGUUUAUAUCAUGUUGUAUAUUAUAUUAUGUCGUUAAAUAAUCAGAAAUGAGUAAUUUGUUUUGAUCUUUAGAAAGGGCAAACAUGUCAAUAAUGGGUUUAGAGCAUGUUGUAUAUUUUGCCGUUAGAUAAUCAGAAAUGCAUACGUUGUUUUUUCUUUAGAAAUGGCAAACAUGCCAAUAAUUGGUUGAUAACAUGUUGUAUAUUUUGUCGUUAGCUCAUCAGAAAUGAGUAUAUUGUUUUAUUCUUUAGAAAGAGCAAACAUGUCAAUAAUGGGUGUAUAUCAUGUUGUUUAUUUUGUCGUUAAAUAAUCAGAAAUGCGUACGUUGUUUUUUCUUUAGAAAUGGCAAACAUGCCAAUAAUUUAUUGAUAACAUGUUGUAUAAUUUGUCGUUAGCUCAUCAGAAAUGAGUAUAUUGUUUUAUUCUUUAGAAAGAGCAAACAUGUCAAU